AUGGUUUCAACUUAUGAAUCGAAUGGUGCAGCAGCGAAUGGACAAUCAGAGAAUCUCACAAACGAGGAUCAGACCGGAGGAGCCCAGCUCGACGCGCUCAUUGUCGGUGCAGGCUUCGGGGGCGUGUACCAACUAAAGAAACUGCGCGACGCUGGCUACAAGGUGAAACUUGUAGAGCAGGGAUCAGACUACGGGGGUGUAUGGUACUGGAACCGUUACCCAGGCGCACGCGUAGACAGUUCAACACCGCACUACAGCUUUUCCGACCCGGAAAUCUGGAGCGACUGGAGUUGGAAGCAAAGGUUCCCCGGUAGCGACGAGAUCCGGUCUUACUUUGCGCAUGUGGCCCAGAAGUGGGAUUUGAGGCGAGAUACGCAGUUUGAGACUUUUGUCUCCUCUGCUACGUGGGUCGAGUCCGAGGCAGAGUGGGUGGUGAAGACGGAGGCGGGAGAGACUUUCAGAGCGAGGUUUGUUUUGCUUAGUAUUGGGUUUGCGGCGAAGAGGUACAUUCCGGAUUGGAAGGGCAUUGAAUCCUUCAAAGGCACCUUUCUCCAUCCUUCGUACUGGCCACACAAACAUGUCGAUCUGGCAGGAAAAAGAGUGGCCGUAGUCGGCACGGGAAGUACGGGCAUUCAAAUAGCCCAGGAAGUCAGUAAAGUGGCCAGUCAACUUACCGUCUUCCAAAGAACUCCAAACAUGUCGUUGCCGAUGCUUCAAGUCGACUACGAUACCUCUCAUCCAGCACCAGCACAUUCCUCAUAUCCAAACCUCUUCUCCGGCCGCACAAACAGCUUUGCCGGAUUCGACUUCAACUUUCUCCCUCGUUCCACGUUUGACGACGGCCCAGAGCAGCGCCAACGAACAUACGAGCAGCUUUGGAGCAAGGGAGAUUUCAGUUUCUGGUUCGCGACUUACCACGACAUGCUCUUCGACAAGGACGCAAAUCGCGAAGCCUACAACUUCUGGCGCGACAAGACACGAGCAAGGAUUCACGACCCGAAGAUUGCAGACAUUCUUGCUCCUAUCGAACAGCCGUAUGCGUUUGGUUGCAAGCGGUUAUCGCUGGAGACUGAUUAUUUCGAAAUCUACAAUAGGCCCAACGUUUCCCUCGUCGACAUUAGUAGCAAGGGCACACCAAUACAGGAGAUCACUGAGCGCGGUAUCAAGACCGCAGAACACGAACACGACUUCGACUACAUCAUAAGCGCAACAGGGUACGACGCCGUCACAGGCGGUCUUUGUCAAAUCGACAUGAGAGCUUCGUCUGGCCAGCGCCUCAGCGACUACUGGGCAGACGGCGUGAAAACCUAUCUUGGCCUUGCCGUCUCGGGCUUCCCAAAUUUGUUCUUCACUUACGGUCCCCAAGCACCUACUGCCUUUUGCAACGGCCCGACGUGCGCCGAGUUACAAGGGAACUGGAUCUUGCAAAUGAUGCGCCAUAUGCAGAGUCAGUCGUUGCGGAAGAUUGAAGUCAAAAAGGAGAGCGAGGAGCAGUAUAAACAGCUCGUGUUGAAGCUGGCAUAUGCGUCACUCCUACCUAGUGUGGAUUCUUGGUAUAUGGGAACGAAUAUCCCGGGGAAACCAAGGGAGCCAUUAUUGUAUAUGGGUGGGGUGCCGGCGUACUAUGAGAUGAUUGGGGAGGUGGCGAGACAUGGAUAUAUGGGGUUUGAUUUAUCGUAG